UCUCACUCUUCCAAUUGCUCUCUUUAAGUCUAAUAUAAUACUCCUCGAUCCCUCUUUUCCAGAUGUCUCCCUGCUCUGGCGUCCUCCGCAAUUCCGCCCUCCCAAUUCGCUCCCGUGUGGCCUUCUCUCUCAAUCAACCCGCAAGAUCAUCAACCCGACCCCACCACCUCCGGCAAGAACAACACCACCGCCCCUAUUCCUCCUCCUCUUCUCCCAACUCCUCGCAAUACAACCGCUCCCAAUUCAAAAUCCUCCCGUUCCUAGCAAUCAUUGGUAUCGGUUCAGGAUCCUACAUCUUCCUUGUCAAGUCCCGUACUGGCAUUCACAAACCGAAACCCGACUCUCAGUCUCCUGAUUCCUAAAUUACCUUAUCCCCCCCCACCCCCUAAGGACUUAUCUACUCUCCGACUAAAAGAAAGAUGGCCGACACUAAACGUCCCACCCCUCGCUUCUCGCCUUCCGAAGUCACGGUGGUCUUCCUCCUCGGCGGUCCCGGAAGUGGCAAGGGCACUCAAUCCUCCAAUCUCGUCCGCGACUACGGCUUUGUCCAUCUGUCGGCGGGUGAUCUGCUGCGCGCCGAGCAGAUCCGUGAGGGAAGCCAGUAUGGUGAAUUGAUCAAGACUUAUAUCCGGGAGGGCAAGAUCGUUCCGAUGGAGAUCACGGUGGCGCUAUUGUCGAAUGCAAUGGCAGAUGCCUUGAAGAACGGUGCUGGUGCUGGGGAGGGCAAGAAGGCCCGGUUCCUGGUCGAUGGGUUCCCGCGCAAACUGGAUCAGGCUUUUUUCUUCGAGGAUACGGUCUGUCCCUCGGAGUUGACGCUGUUCUUGGACUGCCCGGAGGAUGUUAUGGAGAAGCGCUUAUUGAAGCGUGGAGAGACUUCCGGUCGUGAUGACGAUAAUGCUGAAUCUAUUCGGAAGCGUUUCCACACGUUUGUUGAUACCAGUAUGCCUGUCGUGGAGGCUUUUAAGGAACAGAAUAAGGUUGUGUCUGUGUCGGCUACGGGGUCUGUUGACGAGGUGUAUGCUCGUAUCCAAGAGGGCUUCGAGAAGCGUGGGGUCCAUCAGCAGUAAACUAUGUCUAUUUAUAAUGUGUGUCGGUGUCAGCGAUCUUUAUAUUUUUCUUAUUGGGGGUGUAGCUAGCGCUUUAUAGAUGGUGUCUUUCUCCCUUACAUACAAUGUCUACCUACGUCUCAAAGGACAAUGUAGCCGGUUUAUGUGUGCAUAUAUAUGCAUAGAUAUAGAUAUAUGUGAAGACAUAGUCCCAAUUUUAUAUCACUUCGUAUAUGCAUGACAUGACUCGUGUC